AUGGAGGCUGGAGUGCUUGAGGAUGAAGUUGUGUCGAUGGUAGACGUUCUGGAUGAAGAUAACGAACUAGAGGAGGAAGCAAGAGCUGUUUUAGGGGACAGCGACGACAAAAACUGCACUUACCUUUCCGUAAGUUCUGUUUGUGUGAUCAAAGCUAAGGUUUGUGAUUUUUGGGUGCGAUAGGUCUCCCUCUGAUAGAGUAAAUACAGAGGUUUACAAAACCUUUGACAAAAUAUCAAAAUAUCGGCCUCUAUGAUACUAUUUCCUUCGCGUUGAGAUCAAAGUCAGUGGAAAGUUUUCUGGGAUAACCUGAUAUAUUUUUAGACCACACAUGUAGUAUGAAAGCUGACAUCUAUUGAUCGUGGCCAAUUCAACACUCUAAAAAAGAAAGGUGAAUUCUAUGGGAUGUUUUCAACUUUUACAGCGUUAAAGAAAAUUUUGUUGUUCAUUAAGGGUAUUUUAAUGGUAAUUGAACUGAGUAGAGCGAUUUGGUCCUUCCAAGCUCUUCGGUAUUCCUUCGGUCUACUAAAUCUCCUUUCCAACUCAACAUUUAGAUAAAGGUUGGUUAAAUGCAAGAAGAUUUAAUUUUCAACGCGAUUUACAAAAUAUGGCUAAACACUUCUCUAGUAAAUCGAAGAGCUCGUGUAUGCUUAAAUCGUGGUGAUACAAACAAGUGCUAAUAAACUUAAAAGCACACGGUUACAUUUUGCUCUGAAGUUUUUUUAAUUCACCGUGUUUUCAAUACAUCCUCAGAAAUAAAAGAUUAAUUUUUUUUGGAAAUUUCUAUCAGUCUGAAUUCUACUUCUUUAACUAGAAGGUUUCAAAAAUGCAAUUUUUGACCUUAGAAAUGGGGAGUCAACUUGUACACGGGUAAAUACGGCAGUAUACAUACAUGUAUAUCCCUAUUAUUUGCAGGGGUACGUGAAGAGGCAAGCUCUCUAUGCCUGUUCAACAUGUUCUCCACCAGAUAAAGAGCCUGCUGGAAUAUGUCUGGCUUGUACCUUGGCUUGUCACGAUGGACAUGUUCUGUAUGAGCUCUACACCAAAAGGUAGUCAGUAAAAUUUACCAUAACAUUCCUCACAGAAUAUUUAUACAUUAAAGGUUCUCAGUGAGAAUCUGAGUUCAUGUAGAUGGCAAAAUUGAUGAAGGAAGCAGGGGAUGGAUAACUUGUUCAGUAAGCAUGACCUCUGAGGGGGGUCUAGAUACAUGAGAAAUUCCUUGUAAAAUUCCUGAAAUUCCUUCCUUCUUCCAGUUAAGCAACAAGAGAUUAUUGUACUUUCAGAAGUUAGUUGUUACUUGGCAUAAAAAAAAUAUACAGGUAAUAAUUAUUUUUAAUAAAUGAGUAAAUCGAAUGACAAUAACAAUCAACCUACUGAUAUACCCUGAACUUUUUCAGAAAUUUUCAGUGUGACUGUGGAAAUAAGAAGUUUGGCGGGUUCAAGUGCAAGUUGUACUCA